GCGAAUAACAUCAGGCCAAUUCAAUCAAGGUCAACACAUCACAACAGCCCGCGAGCCCGGCUACAGCCAAAUCGCUCAAAAAACGCAUUUCCGGUAUUUCCUCUAAAAAAAUAGUAUUUCUAUCGGUCCGACUAAUAUUCCGGCUGCGUAGCCGGAAUGAUAAUGACAUCUUCAACGACUGACGACGCUGAUGACUGCGACCGGGCCGGAGCCGCGGCCCCGGCGCCCCUACCUCUGCCUCGUCCUCCUCUAGAUCUUCUUUUCCUUGUAUUUGUAUGGCCUCUUGAUCUUGGCGUCGACAGUUUUCGGGACUGUUGGCUGCUUAGUGUGUCCACAAGCUCGGUCUGUGACAGCGUGCGCCGUACGCUUGGGUUGAGCCGCCGGGUCGUCUGUGGGUUUUGGCGAGGCUGCCGGGGGGUCUGUUGGCUUUGGGUCUGUUGCUGGAGACUCGAGGUCACACUGGCUUGUAGAUGUGAGGGUAUCAUGAGCUUCCUAUUUAUAGGUAUUCGAGGUCGGCCGCGGAGGUUAGCGACAACGUCAGGGUCGCGGAUCAGCAGGAGUGGCUCUUCGAGGUCCUAGAGGUAGAAAUUAGCAGAUUUCUUAUAUAAAGAGCUGUGAUUCCUACCAGAGGUUUAUUGAGCCACCAGCGGGGCAGG